UAUCGCGCCGGAAGAGAAGAAGCUCCUUUCCCCAGCCAUCUUGUGGCUUCACCUAGCGAAGUGUUCGCAUCAAACCUCGUAGAAUCGGAGGAAAAUCCUGCUGAAGGGGCGCCAUCAUGCCCGGACAAAUGCAAGAAGGUUUUGGCAUCGCCGUAACCAAUCGAUACGACCAAUUAUUGGACGAUGAAUCGGACCCGUUUGAGCUGAUGAAGCAGGCUCAGGCUGAGGCGAAGAAGAAGAAGAAGGAGCCUGCCGCUCCCGGUGCCGCCAAGUCUGCAGCCCAGGCGGCCAAACAGCCUAAAAAGGAGUCUCAAAAAGACAGAAAAACCCCGUUGACCGACAAAAAGGCGGAGCCCCAGGCUCCUGUCCCGCUCAAGAAAGAUGGCCCCGGCAUGAGGAGAAUGGGCCGCAAGCCAGAGGGCGAAGGCCCGAGACCCCAGGGUGGCCAGCAGGGAGAGGGACGCCCACCCGCAGACAGGCGGCCGACAGAAAGGCGGCCCCCCGCUCGCCGCUUCGAGAGGCCGCCCGGCGAGCCUGGCGACAAGCCCGAGGGAGGCGAAUUCUCAGUGGAGAAGCCCAUCGGCGACAGGCCGAUGAGGGGCCGCGGUGGCGGCAGGGGCUUCCGUGGAGGCAGAGGGCGCGGCAUGGGUCGCAGCGACGGCUUUGACUCCAGAGGGAAACGGGAAUUUGACAGGCACAGUGGCAGCGACCGAUCCGGUCUGAAAGGCGAAGAGAAGCGAGGUGGAAGUGGAUCUCACAACUGGGGCACAGUCAAGGAUGAACUCAAUGAACUCGACCAGUCAAAUGCCACAGAGGAGAACCCCGAAGGCGAGGAGCAUCCACCCGCCGACUCCGAGAAUAAAAGGGAGAAUGAGGUGGAGGAGGUGAAGGAGGAAGGCCCCAAAGAGAUGACGUUGGACGAGUGGAAGGCCAUGCAGGACAAGGACCGCGCCAAGGUGGAGUUCAACAUCCGCAAGGCCAACGAGGGCGCCGACUGGAACAAAGGAUUUGUGCUGCACAAGUCCAAGGCCGAAGGUAAAAAGGAUGACCUGAUCGACCCAGAGGCGUUUGAGUCUAAGAUGGAGGAAGAGCCCCACUUCCGCAAGCCGGCCAACGACAUCACGUCCCAGCUGGAAAUCAACUUCGGGGACCUCGGGCGGACGGGCCGCGGACGUUCGGGGACACCCCGAGGCCGUCCCGCGGAGGAAGAGCCGAGAAGUCGACCGCUAUGGUGCCCAACGUGGACGACCCCGAGGCCUUCCCAGCCCUGGCCUGAGAGCCUUGGCUACACUUUGAGGGAGGUGGGGGGGAAGCGCCACAGGAAGCCUCCCCCGCCCCGUCCCUGAGCACCUCCACUACGAGGCUUGCAUGUUCCUGGAUCCUUCAGCUAAGUAAAAACGACGGAACACCGUCAUGAACUGUGGCACUCAAUGUGAGGACUGCGUUUUAACCAAUAAAAAACAAAACCGAUGGGGGGAGGGGGAAAAAAAGAAAUUAAGAAAAAAAACUCAAAAAAAGAAAAUGGACUUCUUGCUACUCCGGAGCAGCUUAUUGGUAGAGGUUUUUGUACUUGGAAAUAAAGUAGCAGGGAUGCUUUCAUACAGUAUUUUUUUCAGAGGUUAUGCAUUUGUCCGUUGAUAGAAUCUUUUGUAAUUGUUGCUUAAGAAAAUACACAUUUGGAAAACA